GCGGCCCGCGCGCGCCGCCCUCGCGGGGGCGGGCGGCGGGCGCGGAGCUGCCGCGCCCGCGGUCUUCGCGGGGGGGCCGCAGGAUGUGCUCAGCGCGGAGCAGGAGGAGCUCCUCCGCGGCGCGCAGCGGAGAGCGCGCCUGGCGGAGACGGGGGAGUUGUGCCACGCGGACGACGUCUCCUCCGUGUUGCUCCUGCAAUCCGCUCCGGCCGUCCUGCUGAACCUUAGCUCGACGCGCGCACGCGAGGACUACCACUACGCGGAGACCGUCGCUGAGUUCUUCGGGGCGAUGUUCGUUAUUUUGAAGAAAAGAAAACGGCAUGAGCAUAAAGUUUGGGAGUUCCGCGUGGAACGCGUCAGAGGCGGCGCCGGAAGCGCCGCCAGGGAGCCGCCAGGGAGCCGCCAGGGGGUCCCAGCGCCGAUCCAAAAAGUCCGCGUGGACCUCCGAAUUUGUAUGUUUGUGUUUUUGUCCCCUCUUCUGUCAUCGCGGUGAUGCUCGCGUCCCCACUAGCGACGGUUCUCUACAUUCGGGGGGUCCUGACGGUGUCCCUGGCCCAAAGUGUUUCCCUGCUUUCGCGGCAUUCUGGAACCCUGGCGCCAUCUGGGCCUCGCGAAGCGUGCUCUGCAGGCUGUGUGGGCCUCCUCGGGCAUCGUGGGGACACACUGGGCAAGGGACACCCCCGGCAACCCCCGACGCAUGCGCUGGCCCAAAAGCCAAGAGGCGUGGAAGCCCCGCGCCGCUGGCGACGUCAACUCGGCCAUCUUGUACAUUGUCCUGGGGGCGGUCUUCUGCCUCGCUCUGGGCAUCGCGGGGUGGGAGACCUUCCUCCAGAUGGACUACGUGACCGGCAAGACGAGCGACGGCAUAGCCGGCAGCGCAGGUUUCGGCCAGAUCCACGUCGUGGGCUUCGCAGCCGCCCUCUACCUCGGCCCGGCCGUCGGGGCUCUGGCGCUGACGGCCACGGGGCUCCUGCUCUCGCAGCCCAGCGCCGCCGUCUCCGAGGGCGCCAAGGUGGGCUGGCUCUCCAUGCUCGCCGCGGGCUCCUGCGCCGCGGCGGGGGUCGGCGCCCAGAUGGCCUGGCCGGUCCUCUCGUGCGGCAUCCUGUGGUGCACCGGCGUCACCGCGGACCUUGGGACGGUCCUCGUCGGCAUCGGGCUGUGGAUCUUCUGGCUGAGCGCGGGCUUCGCGGUCCUGUUCGGGGCCGUCCUCGUGAAGCGCGUGUUGGCAGGCGGGGCCCCCGCUGCUGGCCCGAGGGUGGGCCAGGCACCCUCUGGCGGGGGGCCGCCGGUGCUGGAGAGGGCAGCGCAGCGGCAGCGGGCAUCGCGGCUGGCUGCGGCGUUGGGCCUCGCGCUGGUAGUGAUACCCUUCCUGUGGGUGCUCUCGGCUCUGCUGCCAAACGCGUUCAUGUCGUGGAACCGGACCGCCGUCGCGUCCUCGAUGGUAGACGCGGCCGCCGAUGCGGAGGACAGCACGUCCUGGCUCCAGACGGGCCUCAUCAGGCUCUCGGGCCACUACACGCUGAAGGCGUACCCCGACACGACGCUCUUCUACGGCUUCCUCGAGGUCCUCGCCCUGGGGGCCGCCGCCUCGGCGGCCUGUCCGCCGCUCGAGGCGCUCCUGGGCGGCAGGCGCCACCCGCGGAGCCUGAGCCUCGGCGAGAAGCUCGCGCUCGCGCUCUUCGCCGUGAUGCUCGUGCUCUGGUUCAUUUACUGGCUCCAGUCCCAUGUGUACCAUGAGGCAAAGUCGACCAUCGAUCCAGUUUGGUUGGAGCGGCUCGCCAGGACAUUCGGCCUGACUGCCGUGCUCUUCAUGGCUCUCAACCUGCUGCCGGCGUGCAAGAACUCGCUGUGGCACGAGGCGUUCGGAAUAUCCUGGGAGCGCGGCUUGUGGACCCACAGGUGGCUUGGGGGCGCGGCAGUCUUUUUCAUGACGCUCCACAUCUUGACAAUGUUCUGUCGCUACAUCCAGUUGGGCUCCUUUCCAUAUGACGCAAUCCACCUCCAUCAGUUCUACCCCAUCAACUACGACGGAGUUAUCGUGGCAGGCCUCCCGAACUACGAUAACUGGACGAUCAGCACCCAGAUGCUCGUGGCCUACCCGGCGCUGUUCGUCUUUGGCGUGCUGCCGCUGUUCCGGAACAGGGAUUGGGAAAUCUUCAAGUACACCCAUUUCUUCUUUCUCGUCCUGGUUCCAUCAACUCUCAUUCACGCCGAGAGCUCCUGGUACUUCUUGGUUGGCGGAAUUGCCUUCUACCUCGUAGACGCCGCGGCGCGCUUCGUGGGCGUAGCGUCGCCCACAGCUGUCCUCUCGGCCAAGACCUACGAGGCGGAGGGCGGGGUAGUGGAGCUCCAGAUCAGCAAGGCGCACCCCUAUCUCGGGGCGUUCGCGUGGGUGAACGUCCCAGCUGUCUCGACCUGGGAGUGGCACCCCUUCUCCCUGGCCAGCUCCCCCUACGACGGCGUCUCAAAGAUUCCUCUCGCUUCGCGGGGUGCAGGUCCAGAGCAUCAGGAGGUUAACAAAAAAACAAACAUGGGCAGCGGCACCUUCACGGACAGGCUGUACCGUCUAGUCCGCGACGGGGGCGCUUCCGCGCUGACCGUACAGCUGGACGGCGCCUACGGGCCCAUGUUCGACCCCGCGGACCACGCGGCCUGCCUGCUCGUCGGCGGGGGCAUCGGCAUCACGCAGGUGCACAGCACCUUGCGCACCCUCGCGCAGAUGGCGCAGCGGAGCGAGCUGCCGGCCUCGCUGCGGCUGGUGCGCUUGGUCUGGAUCGGCCGGAGCGCGGAGCUCUUCCGGGUCCUCGACGACUCCAUCGGGCAGUGCCUCCAGGCCGGCGGGGGGCGAGCACAGUCGGCGGAGCGGCGUGCCCCCGGGCGGCUGGACACGCGCGCGCCCGGAGAUCCGACGGUGUAUUUUUUCUCGACCGGCAAGUCGGACGAGCGGGCGCCGCGGCCCGACGUGACGGUGCCAGCCCGGGCGGCGGCCCGUGAUCGCACGCGGCCAGAGCCCGGGGAUGGCAGCCGCCACGGCCGAGAGGCCACGGACACCUGCAGCGCUGGGCGGCACGGGUCCGGGCAGGUGCGGGGCUGCAGCAGCGGCAGGCCGGGCGGCGUCCGCCGGCCUCAUGGCACCGUCUUCGGGUUGGCGGGUUCGGAGGUGGCGCAGUUCGCCAGGGAGGCCAGGGGAAGGCUGGUCGGGAGCCAGGCGACCACCCCGCUCGAGCCGCUUGGCCGGCAGGUCUCCUGCGGGCCACGCGCGGAGAAGGCGCAGACGGUCAUCGUAUUCGAUUGGGACGACACGCUGUUCCCGACCACCUACGUGAAGGACGAUUUGGGCCUCUCCAUCAUGCAGCGCCUGCAGGACCAGAGGCUCCGGCCUCCGAAGAUGGCGCGCGUCCAGGCCGCGCUGGCGAAGGCCGCGCGCGCUGUCGAGCACAUCCUCCAGCUGGCGGGCAGGCGCGGCAAGGUCGUCAUAGUGACCUUGGCCAAGCGGCCGUGGGUCACCGACUGCUGCGAGUCGUUCUAUCCUGGGAUCGCCGAGCUAAUCGAAGAGCUCGACGUUCAGAUCGUGUAUGCGCAGGAGGGUACGCAGAUUGAGCAUGACAAGUUGAACAUGCUGGCCGAUGAUCAGCUUGAGACCUUCUGGGCCCAGACGAAGGGCAAGGCCAUCUCCAAGGCGCUGAGGGAGUUCUACUCUCAGUACGAGGGGCAGUCCUGGAAGAACAUCAUCUCUCUGGGGGGCUCCCACUUUGAGCGAUACGGCACGAUGGCAGCGACGAUGCAGUAUGCAGUGGCCCGAGGCCUGGUCGGUGAGGAGGGGGCCCUCUCCACCGGUGCGCCGACGGCUGCGGGCGCGUGCCUGGCCUCGGUCGGCUCGAUGGGCUCGCAGCUGUCCGUGUCGAGCGCGAAGCGCCAGGAGCAUGCCUGGCGAGGAAGGCGGAUGUCCUGGGAGGGGGCCGUCGGCGGCCAGAAGGUCAAGGUGCAGACGAAGACCGUCAAGAUGCUGGUCGAGCCGACGGUAAAGGAGCUCAUCGUGGAGAUGAGCAUGCUGCGGCGAUGGCUCCCCCUGAUGGUUGGGCUCGACAACGGCUUCGACGUCGACCUCAACAGCCUCGACGACGAGGCGGAGAUCGCUGAGAUCGAGAACACGCUGCGCGGGCGUGAGUGCUGAAGCAGACUUAUGUGUCUCGUCCUCGGCAUGACGAGCGUACUACUCUUAAGUCGGCAGCGCUUGCGCUGGGCCUUCCCCGACGGCCUCGUGGGCCUGGAUUCGCGGCAGCCUGUCAGAGCAGCCUACCAUUGGUGUGUCAUUGUGUCUGCCGGAGCAGCCCGCGUAAUUUGCUCUGCCUCGGGGCCAACAUGAUGAGGGUACACACUCACUCCGCCCUGGCGGGCCCCCCCGCACCCCUCUGGUUGACCCAGAGAAUUUUCAGUGGCUUCCGAGAAGCCUCCCCAGGGGCAUCCGAAGACCCCAUGCGUAGCACGUUGCUGCCACAGCGCUCGGGCGAGGCUGUUUCUCCUUUUUCCCAAGCUAGUCCGGGCCUCCUCUGGCGGCGAUUUUCUUCCAUUACAUCCGGGCCUCCUCUGGCGGCGACUUUCUUCCACUAGUCGAGAGGUCGGCGAGCUGUUUCUGCUGCGGCCUCGGCCCCUUCCUGCCUCUUCGGUCUGCCCCUUCCUCUGCUUUUGCCUCGGCAUCGCUCGGACGUGUGCAUGUUUCCUCCG